AUGCAAAGGGCCUGUGAGAUGGUUGUCCCUCUCCUGAGGACGGAUGCCCAGAACCAGUGGUGUCGAUUUCAUAUUCUAAAUGUCCAGAUCUUGCAGCUUUUGCUGAAGGAAGGAUACAUUAGAGGUUAUUCCGUCCACGGAGACAAGAUCAACAUAUUACUUAAACACUACAAGGGAGCACCCGUUAUAAGGAACAUUAGGGUCAUCUCCAAACCGAGCAGAGAUAUUUGGGUGACUCCACACGAGCUCAAAUCCAGAACGCAAUUCAACACCGGACUUUGGAUCGUACAAACAGCCUGUGGAGUCGUAAGCCAUCGUGAUUGUAUCAGAAUGGGAAUUGGAGGCAAGAUGCUCUUGGCUGUAAAUAACAAUUAUCAACAGUUUUGUUAG